GAACGCAUGUACUCCCAUUUGUCUCGGUCAAACCAGGAUCGAUCUUCCAAGUGGACCAGCUGGCAGAUUGAAAAAGACAACUCGGCCGACGGCGUUCGCAAUGUUGACUUCACACUCCUCCACUAUCUGUCUGGCCCGAUCGGCGUCGAGGGCGCCGAGCCAGGCCACCUGCUCAUCGCCCACAUUCUCGAUGUCCAAGCGUCCGACCAGGCUCCCUUGAGGUUCACAGUCAGCUUCGAGGGCGAGAAUGGCGGGGGGCCCUUUGCCAACGGCUUUGAUACUCACACGUGCAAGGCCAUAUGGGACCUGAAGGGGGUGUAUGCGACAUCACGCCACAUCCCGGGUGUUCGCUUUGCUGGCAUCACGCAUCCGCGCCUCAUGGGCACCGCACCGUCGGCCGAGCUGCUGACGACGUGGAACAAGCCAGGGUGUGCCCUUAUUGAUAAGCCCGCUGAAAAGGACCCAAAACUGAUGCCAAGAUCCAUGAUUGCUGCCAUCAAUAAGGGUCAUGCCACAGUUUGAUGGGCACGAAGAAACUGAAGACGAUAGUUUGUGUCCUUGCAGUGGCGGUCACACAAACCCCAGAACCCAAGGGAGCCUACGUCGGGAUAGGCGCGAACACUAAGGUAGACGGCGCCACGCAUCAAAAACAUCUGUAGCAAGGGUGCCAGGACGGUCCACAGUUGCGAAGGCCACGGAGGCUAACUCGACAUUAGUGGGUGCCUGCUUCGGCAAAAUCUGUGCCUCGUCUUCCAUCUGAAAGAUUUUCAUA